UUGUUUGCAAUUAUAAUGGGCUGGGGCGCCUAUCCGGCCCACUAUUCUUGUAAAGUCACAUCUUUGUGGUAUAUAUCGAAUGGGAAGCUCCCACAUUUCGCCGUCUCGUUGCUUCUAGGGUUUUCACAGAGUCUCGUCUUCGUCUUCGUCGCCGUCCCACAAGCAAUCAUGGUGCUCCAAAACGACAUCGAUCUGCUCAAUCCUCCUGCCGAGCUCGAGAAGAGAAAGCAUAAGCUCAAGCGUCUCGUUCAAUCUCCCAACUCUUUCUUCAUGGAUGUGAAAUGUCAGGGAUGCUUCAACAUAACCACUGUGUUCAGCCAUUCUCAAACAGUUGUAGUGUGCGGAAAUUGUCAGACUGUUCUGUGCCAGCCUACUGGUGGUAAAGCAAGGCUCCAAGAAGGAUGCUCUUUCAGGAAAAAGGGAGAUUGAGUUCUCACGAAAUCAAUCAUCUUUUUUCACAGAUGUUUUCAGUUGAGAGGAUUCGGAUCUUUUUUUAGUUUUUGUUUUCUUGCUUUUAGUAGUUUUUAUGUCUUAUGACUUUCUUUUUUGCUUAUGAGAAUAUUAUAAAGGGAUUAUGAAACUACUAGAUGAGUAGUCGAUUAGAACUCUGGUCUUGUUGAAACAAUAUCUGCUUUCUUUCAAGGUUUAAUAUUUUCCCAAGUUGUGCUU